AUGUCUACACUUGAACAGCAGCUCGAGGCAACCUUAAAAAAACGACGUCAGAUAUCAAAGAUCCGUAGAUUGGUUGUAAAUCCAUCUGAUGCCAUCGAUUUUAGCUCCAAUGAUUUUUUGGGUUUAUCGCACAGCAAUCACUUCAAGGCAGCGUACAUCAAGGAACUGCAUCAAUUACCCACCGCAUUGGGAUCCACUGGGUCCAGAUUGCUAGAUGGAAAUUCAGCCUACUGCGAGCAAUUGGAGAAGAAGAUUGCUAAAUUCCACCAUAGCGAAACAGCCUUGAUCUUCAAUUCAGGAUUUGAUGCCAAUGCCGGCUUAUUCAGUACAGUGCCUCAACGCGGAGAUAUCAUUGUAUAUGAUGAAUUGAUUCAUGCCAGUGUUCAUGAAGGAAUGCGCAUGUCGCGUGCAGCCAAAUGUAUACCUUUUCUUCAUUCCAAUGUGCAAGACUUUGAGCGCAUCAUUCAGACGGUGAUUGCCGACUAUCCUGGGAAAAACGUGUUUGUGGCCGUAGAAACUGUCUAUUCCAUGGAUGGGGAUAUUGCCCCAUUGAAUGAGCUCGUUGCUGUGCUUCAAAAAUACUGGCCCCAUAAAGAAAACGGAUAUCUGAUUGUGGAUGAAGCACAUAGUACCGGUGUGUAUGGAGAUCAAGGGCGAGGCGUUAUUUCACAAUUAGGACUGGAAAAUGAGAUAUUUGCUAGAUUGCAUACAUUUGGUAAAGCAUUGGCUAGCAAUGGCGCUGCUGUGCUUGGGUCUGAAACUCUGCGCCAGUAUUUAAUCAACUAUGCUCGUCCCUUGAUUUACUCAACCUUCAUGUCAUACAGCUCAUUAGCCUCCAUCAAAUGUGCCUAUGAUGUACUUGAAAAUGGAAAUACUAUACCCAUCCAAAAGCAUGUCCAUGAUAUCAUUCAGCGUUUCAGGGGAACUAUUCGCCUACCCUCAGGAACGCUUCUGCCAUCCUCCAGUCCCAUCCAAGGCGUUGUAUUGAAUGGCAAUGCCCCUGUUCGAGCAUUGGCAGGCUAUCUGAACAGCAAAGGCUUCAUUGUAAAACCUAUUUGCUCGCCCACGGUGCCCAUUGGACAAGAGCGAGUCAGAAUAUGCCUUCACGGGCACAAUACCAUGGACCAAGUAGACAGCUUAGUCGAUGAAAUCCAUCAGUUUUUUGAAAUCAGCCCUUCAUCAUCAUCACCAUCACCAUCAGUGGAGGCGGCCAAACUUUAA